CAUGGGGACGAGCACAAGCAAUGGUGGCAAUGUGGGCUGAACUGAGCGGGCAGUGGGAGAGCAAUCAUCCUCCCCAAAACACCAGCACCAAGCCUGGCAGUGAGGAAAUGAGAAGAUGCCUUCUAAAGCAGAGAUAAAUAAAAGCCACUGUAUAAAUAGUACCUAUGCAAGGAAAUAUUGCUCCAAAAGCCAAUGUUUGGGGGGAUGUCAAAGAUGCUGUCUCAUCUGCCAGCAUCUCCAGCAUGAACACGAUGUGUCAAUAUGAAGUGCUCCCAGCUGCGUCCGUCCACUCCGCUUUCAUUCCCAGGAGAGAUUCCUGGGAUGAAAACCAGGUUGGCGUGAUGGAUCCAGCAGAGUUUUGCGCUGCCCAGAUGCACCGUCCCAGUGAGCAGACCCCCAUGCCAGGAAGGAUGCAUGGAGACUGCCAGGUCUCAGCUUUUCUGUGGGCUCCCCUAGGGUCUGUCCUGAAAACCACUUCCUACCACUGCACAGGGAGCAACGGUUGGCCCCCAGGAGAGAACAGGACAGCGUCUGGACCUCACCUCCCCAUCUGCAGUGAACCCUCGCCGAGGGGGCCCACGUGGAGUUUUCCAAUGCCAGAUCUCCGUGCUAGGAACACAGCGCCAGAGUCUCAGCCACAGGGAAACCUACGACCGCAGGCAAGGCGGCACUGCUACAGCAGCAGAUCACAGAAAGGCUCCAUCUAAUUGUGCUCUGUUUUGUUUAAUACAUUCCUGGGUCUCAGCUGAUGCUCUUUGAAUGAGAUUCCCAAGUGCCUGAUCUCAUAUUUGUCAGAACCGUGUAGAUAGGGGAGCGAGCGUGUCCGACCGCCCUGCAUCCCAUUAGCACAGGAAAGCUUCAGAGAGAUAAUUCUUGAAGCAGUGCCGAACGCGUGGGGGAACGGAGUCCCCGGCCAGGAACUGAUGGCUGUACUUGCACGCUGCUAUUCCAUGCCAGCAGCUGUGAUGUGGAAAGCUGGGGCCAAAACCUGGCUACCCCCAGGGAGCUGGGGAGUUGCUGGAGGGCAUCUUCACCCCAGGAUGCUGCCAGAGCCCUGGUCCCGCUGCAGCUCCAUGGGGGCCCUGGCACUGUGAGGAGCACCAGCCGGUGCUGUGGGGCUGCCCGUAGCUGGAUCCAGCCCUGUGCCCCCCCACAGGGUGCUCCGGGAGCUGGGGUGGGCAGGAGGGAUUUACAUGGAGAGAGCUGGUCUCCCUGGAGGAGGCGGUGGGGAUCGUCCACCAGCAGCAGCCUCCUGCCCACAGCACUUGGCGUGGUUAUGCAAAACUUCUUUACAACCCAGGAGAGUGCUCAGGGCAGCUAUUAGAGUGUAAUCAAUCAGUGUCAAAUAAAAGCCAUCAGAAUAUGACUAAGAGUCUGAUUGCCUGUAACCAAUAUAAUUAGACAGUGAGGAUUUUCUUUCUUUUCCUCUUCUUUAAAAAGGCUAAAAGCCUCCAAAAUUGGAGCUAAUAUCCUGUGUCUGGAGCAAGGUGAAUUCACAUUUGACCUAUUGUUCAAAUAAAAAUUCUCCUCAAAUCCAGUCCAGCUCAGAGACUGCAAUCACAGCAGGGACUUCAGCACAGACCUACCCGAAGAACACUAAAAAAAUAUAAUCUCCAAAAUUUGUUUUCGUUUAGUAUGCACAAUCAAGCAGAUUUCAAGGGUGAUGGGGCAGGGAGAAGGUCUUCAUCUUACUCAUUAAUCACCACAGCACAAGCAGCGUUUGUCCCAGAAUAGGUGAGUAUCACACUGAAAGCGUUUGCUAAAUAAAGUCGUGUGUGCAUCAACAGCAUGGCAGAGAAGGUCAGGACAAAGUGGGUCGGAGCAGGCGGGAGGAGGCUGGCAGCAGGUCCCUGUCCCUGUCCCUGCCAUGGCCCUGCAGGCACCCGCAGCAUCGCGGCGCAGAGCCAGGCUGAUGGGCAGGCACAGGGCAGCUGUGAGCACUGGGGGCCCUGAUGGGAACAAAUCACACCUGCUGGCCAGCUUACUGGCCCUGACAGAUAGCCCUGUAAUGAAGCAGGAGAAGGAAGGUGAGCUGCUGAAAACCUCCCCUGUGUGAAACAGGAAAAUCAGCUCCCUGGCUCAGCUCUGCUGGUGGCACAUGCUGUUAGGUCCCACCUAGGAAGCCCUGGGCUGGGAUGCAAAGUCUGGCAGCGCUGCGUUCAGCAGUAAUGUCAACAACAGAGAUCUGUAUUCUCUGCUUCUUCCAGGCUCAGAACCAAGGCUUAGGCUUCAGGGCUUUCCCUGUGAUGAUGUGAGGGCAGCUGAAGCUCCUGGCUCGUUUUUUUGGGACCUGGAGAGCUUUCAUGGCCCUGGCUGAGGGUCUGCAGGGACAAAGGCGUGGGCACCCCCUUCACACCUUGCCUGCGCUCCUGGUAGGAACGCUGUCUUCUCUGGAGGCUUUCGGACACAAAGGACGAGGCUUGAAAUGCAGCCCCACGAUGCUGCCGUAGCAAGAAGGUUCUUGUGGCCAGAGCCCAGUGCUGAGGGGCAAGCACUGCCUUUCCUGGCUGAUCCCCACGUGGGUGUCAAAAGUGUCCCAUAUCAAAGAGCUCUUUUUGCCUCUCUAAUACCAUUGCAGUGAUUUCCCCAGGCUGACAAAAGUAGGCCAUGUUUCCAUAUUCCCUGUCGCUGCUUAUCUGUCGCCUCUGUGUGUCCAAAUCCUCUUUCCAUUUAUAUUGACUUUAAUGAACUGCUGCUGUCCGUGAUGCUGCCGCCAGCAGAGGAGCGGUGCUGCCGUGCCCACCCUCGCCAUCCCACGCCACGUGCUGCACGGGAUUAUUGGCUUCUUAGUUUUAAUUAACAGAAACUUUUAAUUUUGAACCAUUGUGUUAGCCUCAUGCUCUUUAAAGGCUCUCAGCUUCCCCACAUGCAGACGGUCACCAGCCAAAUCCCAUUUCAGCCUGCAAGGUGAACAUUAAGCGCACUCACACAGCUGUCACGUACAUUAUUAGGUCUCAGAUGGGUUUGGAGAACCUUGGAUUUGAGUUUUUUUCAGGUUCAUCCGUCUGUGUGAAUUAGGAGAAACCCAGCCUGGGCUCCCUCUCCUGCUCUCUCGUUGCCACCCUCUGGGGCAGUGCUGCCGGUCCCAGCUGAGCUGGCUGACACCAGGCUGGCUGCCAACGCAGAUGCUCAGCACCCUGCUUGAGUUCCCUGUCACCUGCCUCCCACCAAAAAUAGGUGCAAACCAGAUCCUCAGUGAUUCCCUCCU